CGCUGGAUCCACACAGUGGUAUUUUGAACAUCGAAUGGCGACUAGGAACGUCGAAUGGAGGCCGGGAAUUAGGUCAAGGGAUUAUGAAGGCGAAUACAAUAUCAAAUGAGACUUGUGAAACAACUGAUUGUUAUUGUCCAGACAUUGGCCUAUGUCAGACCUUGGGCUACAGUAUUCCAUUGAACCAACUUGUCGCUAAUAACACGCAUGUCGCGGAUCAUAACAGAAACUAUUAUUUUUGGAUCAAAUCAAGAAAUAACGCAGGUCUUACAAACAUCGAAUAUCUCGAUAUUUUGGUCGACUAUUCGCCCCCAGAAACAGGAGUUAUUUUUGAAGGAUAUGAUGGUAACCCGGAGAUCGAUUAUACAAGUGACAAUGACUUACCUGUUCAUUGGCAUGGCUUUAUUGACCAUGAAAGCGGUAUCAUGAUGUACAGAGUCGCACUUGCAGAGCAUUGCCUAAGCACGGAAUCAAUUCUUUCGGAAAACAAGAACGAUUCUAUUAUCGAAGUUAAGGAAGUUAUUGGAAGAGAAACAUCAGUAACGUUUAAAGCCAAUUUUACAGGGAAGUAUUACGCAAGUGUGAUAGCAAUAAACAACGCCGCAACCGCAUCGAAGGCAGCCUGUUCCGACGGUGUUGUCAGGGAUUUAUCUCCACCAGAAUUUAGAAAUGUUAAAAUACUUAAUGCCAAGCAUUCGGAAUCAGUUAUUUGUGACGAUAAAGAACCCUACUUGUUCACAAAAGAUCUUCAGAUUAUUGCAUUGAACGAAAAUGAACGGUGCUUAGGAAUCUGUAAGCAUGCGUAUGACCCUUCAGAUUUAGUAAGAGUGUUUCCAAUUCAAAAUCAAAAUACUUCCGACCAGAAUAUACAUGAAUUCAUUUGUGACAAAACUCCGUUAUAUACAAAUGAAGCUCCAAUCUCUAUUCCGAAUGACCAGUUUCAAAUAACGUGGGAUAUGCAAGAGGACGAAAGUCAGAUAGAAAACUAUUUUAUUGGCUUUGGGGAUGACGCUGAGAAUACGACACACCCUUCAAUACUUGACUAUAAACCUACUUAUGGCAAACGCUUCUUUCACAAAUCCCAUUUAGGAAUAAGUUCAGGAGAGCGAUUUUUCGUCAGUCUUAAAGCUUUGAGCAAGUCCAAAUCUGAGAGGACACAAAUCAUUGGACCUUUCAUUAUAGACGAAACACCUCCAGAGGUGCGCACGCAUCCAGUUGUUACCAUUUCAGAAAACCAUAUCACCAUGGGCUGGACCAAUAACAGCUUUUAUGAACCUGAUCAGGAAAAUAACAUAGACCAAAUAUUCUUCAAAAUAGAAUGCAAUGGAAAAGCAAUUAGCCCAUUUUAUGAAUGGAGCCGUGAAGACUCGGAGCCGUGCAGUGCAUAUUCCGGAGGAUGUAUUAGAUACCCCUUAAAGUCACUUCAGUCUUUCGAUACCGAUCAGAGCCUAGGUUUUCGGUUUCGAUUACACGUCUAUAAUAAUGCUGGUCAUUACGCAGAGAAACAUAUUCAGACACAUUUCAAAUUCCAUCAAAGUAUACACCUGGGCAAGCCAUCGUCUUUGACAUUGAUCCAUUGCACAAAGAUUCAACGAAUGACGUAGAUGUCCAUUUUACAUCAAAUACGUUGUGUGCAAAGUGGUACGGUUUUCGUCAUCAUGAAAACAUCAAUAUUCAAGUUGGCAUUGGGACGUCCAAUAGUUCUGACAACAUUGUGAAAUUUUCUUCUCCGACAUC